UGCUGCUGCCCUUGUACGGCGCCAAAUAGGUGGUACUUGUAUUUAUUCGGAGUGACGUCAAUAGGCCGUACGAAGAUUGAGAGGCGGGGUAGCAGAGGGGCAGUCGCUGUAGCUGUGGGUAGUAACUAGCUAGGCAAGCACCGUUAUUUGGUAGUAGGUGACAGAAAGAGGAAGGAGACUUGUAGAUAGCUUGAAAGCACAUUUGGCUUUAAGGGAGACUUUGCCUUGGUCCUGCCUCUGCAUCGUUUCUGCUGCAGUCUAGCGAGCCCCGAGCACAGCUGCACGUUCUCCUCGCACAGUCUCUCUCUCACAGCAACAUGGUGGACCGCGAGCAGCUGGUGCAGAAAGCCCGACUGGCGGAGCAAGCUGAGAGAUAUGAUGAUAUGGCGGCUGCUAUGAAAGCCGUUACGGAACUGAAUGAACCACUCUCAAAUGAAGAAAGAAAUUUAUUGUCGGUUGCUUACAAGAAUGUAGUUGGAGCUCGUCGCUCAUCCUGGAGGGUUAUUAGUAGUAUUGAGCAGAAGACUUCUGCAGAUGGCAAUGAAAAAAAGAUAGAAAUGGUGCGAGCUUAUCGUGAAAAAAUUGAGAAGGAAUUGGAAACAGUUUGUCAGGAUGUGCUAAGCCUUUUGGAUAAUUUCCUCAUCAAGAAUUGCAGUGAAACCCAAUACGAAAGCAAAGUGUUCUACUUGAAGAUGAAAGGAGAUUAUUAUCGAUAUCUAGCUGAAGUGGCCACUGGUGAGAAGAGGGCCACAGUUGUUGAAUCCUCUGAGAAAGCAUAUAGUGAGGCUCAUGAGAUAAGUAAAGAGCAUAUGCAGCCAACUCAUCCUAUCAGGCUUGGCCUGGCCCUGAACUAUUCUGUGUUCUAUUAUGAGAUCCAAAAUGCUCCUGAACAGGCUUGCCAUCUGGCCAAAACCGCCUUUGACGAUGCCAUUGCCGAGUUGGAUACCUUGAACGAGGACUCCUACAAGGACUCAACACUCAUCAUGCAGCUUCUACGUGACAACCUAACGCUCUGGACGAGCGACCAGCAAGACGAUGACGGUGGGGAAGGCAACAAUUAAAAUCGAAUGAGGGACUGGCAGCCGCACGCUGAUGCUACUACCGCAGUCUUUAUUUUUUUUCCCACAAGUGGGGGGUUAAGGGUUGGGGGAUGGUAUGGAAGGGACAUCCUCCCCAGGGAAGACCCUACCACCUGUCUUUGAUUGCCUCUUCGACAUUUUGCCAAAACACCAUGAAUGGAAAGUUAGACUGGCUGUGCUGGUAUGGAAUGGCAGCCUCACACUGGCACAUGGACUGUUCUGUAGUUAAUACAAGUGGAGCUGUUUUUAUUUUUAAGUUAUCGCUGACAUAUUUAGGAAGAGUUUUAACAGUAGGCAUAACCUGAAUGGAAUGGCUUUUUUUAAAAAUAGUUUUGUGGUUCCAGUAAGUUAUUUUUUAUUUAUUUUUCUUUUAUAGCUAAAUGCACGUCUUGUCCUUCAUGCUAUAUACUAUUUAUCUAUUUAAUCUGUUGCUCUUGUGUACUUUGUGCACUCCACAUUACUCCAGUUGAUACAGUGUUCACUCCAAAGUAUUUUUAGGUAGAAUUCCUUUUUAUUUUAAAGAAAGGUUGGUUACCAUAGUAUUACUUUUUCUUUAAGGCCAUAGUUGCAUUUUUGAUGGUUCAUCUGAUACAGUUUUAAGCAAAGGGGCAGUGUAGGUUGACGAGAGCAGUUCUGGGGCUGAAGAAUGGAAAUAACUUUUGUAACCAUUUUAAAAAGAACUAAAAUUUCAGGUCUGUAUGUAAAGUACACCGCUGUUUCACUGCCACAUCUUAGAAACAGAUAUGGAUAUUCCACACACCUCACUCUCUCUCUCUCUCUCUCUCUCUCUCUCUCUCUCUCUUAAAAUCUGCAUGAUUUUCCUUGGAGGAUAUAAUGUUUUCUUUAUUAUCCAUUUUGGAUUUUAUUUAAAAAUUCAGUGACAUGUACACUUUUAAUAAUCAGGCUUUCUAUGCAUCUGCAUAAACAAAUGCUUCUCUCUGUUUCCAUAGCAUCUACAGCAAUGCCAAAUGUUCUACAGCUGUGUUAGUUUUCACUAAAAAUCAUAUGUAAUAUGAUUUGUUUCCUUUGCAUUCUAGCUUCUUAAAGUGAAUGAUCCCAUACAGGAGUACACUAAAGUAUAAAGGCUUGUCACUAGCUCAAAGCAUAUUAUAUACUUAAGGCAAAGAUCUUUUCCCUUUUUUGAAAACACAUAUCAACAUAAUACCUAUAAAAUCUGUUUAGUGCAGGUCAACUUUAAAAUUGCAAGGCAUGAAUAUGCAAGAAAGUAUCUUAAGUGUCUUACUUUGUUAAACUAAUCCUUUACUUUAUCCAGGAGUAUUGGUUAUAAUCCAAAUGGUUUCAAGUUUAUGUAUUCUUGGUGUUUGCAUGAAUAUGAAUGGUUUUGCCCAAUAAGAAAAAUCCUGCUUUAUGUAAUAUCUUGAAGGCUUGUUGACUCAUAACCAAAGUUCUAAACGUUUUAGUUUAGAAGUUCUUAAGCAAAUCUGUAUAGAAUUUUUUUUGUUGUUGUUUUAACAUUGGAAGGACCGAUUGCCUUUCAGAUUAGCAGAUUAUAUAUAUUUGUUAUUUAUGAGCCAUAGGUAAUUACAGGAUAUCAUUAAUAUUCCAGUUAAAUUCGUGUUCAUCUUUGCCACUUGAUAAUAAAAUCCAGGAGAUAUGUAACAAUGGUACAGUUAACGUGUCUUAUUUUUUUUUGGUUUUGGAAUAACAAACCACAGCAUGGUUUGCAGAUCAGUACAUUUCGUUAAGGAAAAAAACAUUUUUAAUACCUAAAGAAAGACUUGAUUGAAUUGAUCUUUUUAAAUGUCGAGUUUGAAAGUAAUUUACUGGAAUUACAUUACUAUUUUUUCAGACUGCUAUAAAACCUUAAUUAUCUUGAAAGGUCUCAAAGUGCUUGGAAUAAAGAAAUGGGUUAAAGCAGCAUUUUUUUUUUUUAUCUGCACUUGCCUAUAUAUAACAGUUUCUCCAAUGAAAUGAUUACCGCUGCAUUAAUCUCAAUACAAUAUUGUGCAUGCUAGUGUUGUAUUUCUAUAACGUAGCUUGGAAUUAAAUUAUACAGUACAUGUUAUGUAUUCCUAUGGCAAAAAACUAGUCUGCAAUUUAAUUUUUUUAUUUAUUUAUUUUUUAAAUUUGGGAAUCAUGUCUCUCAAUUGGAAAGGAAGGAAGAAAGGGUGGAUUGUAUUCUACCACACUGCAAUAGGCACAUAUUUGGUCUAAUAUUGAUUUUGCUAUUGUGACAUGCAAAUGUAAUUUUGCUUAAAAAGAAAAUAAAAUAGAAAAAAAUAUAUAUAUAUAAAAUUUAAAUUGAAAAAACAAAACAAAAAUUUACUUUACUGGGAAUCGGGUGGGAACUUAAAACACCAGUGUUAGCUUAACCUCAACGUCUGGUGUUAGUCAUGGUGAGACUCUAAUUAUUAAUGUGUAGGAAAAUACUGUUUUUGAAUAAGCCUUUGUUUGUGCUUCUCUGUUAUGGUAAUGCAGUGAAUUUAUUUAAGGUCUAAUUGGUGGAUAAAUUUUUUUCCCCCAUUUUCACUUUUGAUUUUUUUAAAAUAACAAAUUCUGUGUUUUCAGUACAGGUUUGUUUUUCUUUUGGCACAUGGACCAUUUCUAGCAGUUUUCCUCAGUGAUGGAAUAUGAAUGUGAUUCAUUAUGUAACUGUCGCAUAUUGAGCAAAUAAACUUACAGAUCUGAUGUGGGUGCUGCUUCAGAAAA